AUGGCAUUCCUGUUUAAAUCGAAGAAGCACCAGCAGGGUUCUGGACUACCUCCGGCGACAAGAGGUAAUCAUAGCUCCGAAGGGGCACCCGCAAACCCACCCCCGACUACGGCCACCGGGCCGAAGGAACGAGAUCCAGCUCAUUCCCAGACACCCACGCCCAGCAGCAGCUAUAAUAAUUCCUUGAAUUCGGUGCACAGCACCAACAGCCCAGAUAAUCCACGGUUGCGACAAAGGGCCGAAUCUGAGUCGCAGGGCCAACGACCGCAGCAACCGCAACCGGCAAAUAGUACCAAUUCCUCCCCGAAUAACAGUCCCGGUGCCUCUCUCUAUCCCUGGUCGCAGAGAAGACUUAAUUUCUCGAAUCCUCAAAAUGUCCCCUUUCCGCGAUAUGGGGCAGCGAUCAACGCGGUUGCGUCGAAGGAAGGAGAUAUUUACAUGAUGGGCGGCUUAAUAGAUGGAUCAACGGUCAAAGGAGAUCUCUGGGUGAUGGAAAGCAGUGGGGGGAGCUUGUCUUGUUUCCCGAUCGCUACUGUAUCCGAAGGGCCCGGUCCCCGAGUCGGCCACGCAAGCUUGUUAGUUGGCAACGCUUUCAUUGUGUUUGGUGGUGACACCAAGGUGGACGAGAGCGACACAUUAGAUGCCACUCUCUAUCUGCUCAAUACGUCUUCCCGUCAAUGGUCGAGGUCGAUCCCCCCUGGACCCCGUCCAGCUGGACGUUACGGCCAUACUCUUAACAUCCUAGGCUCUAAACUUUAUGUGUUUGGUGGACAGGUUGAGGGCUUCUUUUUCAACGAUCUGGCUGCAUUUGAUCUCAAUCAACUCCAAAGUACCGCCAAUAAGUGGGAGUUUCUGAUUCGAAACAGCCAUGAGGGCGGUCCGCCCCCUGGCCAGAUUCCUCCCGCUAGAACGAACCAUACGAUCGUGAGCUUCAACGACCGGCUCUAUUUGUUUGGAGGAACAAAUGGCGUACAGUGGUUCAACGAUGUGUGGUGCUAUGAUCCGCGUGCCAAUGCUUGGACUCAAUUGGAUUGCGUCGGAUUUAUCCCAACGCCUCGGGAAGGACACGCUGCAGCUAUUGUCAACGACGUGAUGUACAUCUUCGGAGGCCGAACGGACGAGGGUAUCGAUUUGGGCGACCUCGCUGCUUUCCGCAUCACAACCCGACGAUGGUAUUCCUUCCAGAACAUGGGUCCUGCGCCGUCCCCGAGAUCAGGUCACAGCAUGACAGCAUUUGGGAAACAGAUCAUUGUCUUGGCCGGCGAGCCAAGCUCUGCACCGCGCGAUCCUAUAGAACUUAGCAUGGCAUAUAUCCUGGAUACUGCCAAGAUCCGUUAUCCGGCCGAAAAUCAAGGCGGAGAAAGAGGUCCAAUCCAGACGAUGCGGAAAAUGAGCGGAGAUCGCUCCGCCCAACCGACUGGACGGUCCUCUCGUGAGGCACAACAUCCGCAUCCGGAACCGCAACGGCGAGGACCUGUGCAGCCGCGCGAGAACGUGGUAACGAGUCCAACGGGCAGGCCGGCAGAUUUUGGGCCGAAUUCAGGACCCGGCUCUCGGCUGCCCAGAGCAUCCAUAGCCCAGGCGCCACCGUCAGGGCCCCCUCCCCCGGGCCAAGCUCCCACACCCGGUCCUAGGGGGAGUGGUCCCCAACAUGCCGUCAAUCCCAGGAGCAAAACUCCCACCAAAACAGAGCGUGUCUUUGGGGGGGCUCCGGUGGAUACUGUUCGCGCCAUGGCACCCGAGAAGGACAGGGAAUCGCCGGCGGCUACCAAAGAUUCACCAAAAGACUUUAGGCCGGUACAAGAUACAAACACCCCGCCUACCGGUCAACGUACGCCCAUUCAACAACAAUCAAGAAUGUCUGCCAAGGCCAUGGAGGCCGGUGAAGCUGCUCCCCUGAUCAGUGCGCCUGCUCGGCAAAGGUCGUUGCGACAGAACCGGCAGCGAGGCUCUAUGGAUAGCGCUGAUGAGUCUAUCCUGGGUCGCAAUGCCAGUAUUGAUGGUUCGAUUGAGUCUCGCAGCUACAGGAAUUCGAGAUCCGGCGAUGAGCCACGGUCUCCCCGGUUGAAUGCCCACCAGGAGGCCCUGAUCAAGGAACUCGAAGCGGUGAAGAGUCGCAACGCAUGGUACGCUUCCGAGCUUGCUUUGGCCAAGAAGGCUGGAUACACACCAAAUUCGGCCAAUAGUCCUGUGAUGGACGAGCGUGCCACGGACGCAUUGACUGAGGAAGACCGUCCCUUGAUCGAAGCCUUCCUUGCAAUGAGAGCGGAGCUUGCGAAGAUGCAAGCGACUGUGGAUCGACAGGCCGCCAUAGCAUCAAAACGGGUUGCGGAAGUUGAACAUCAACGCGACGUCGCUGUCAACGAGGCAGCCUACUCUCGCGCCAAGUUGGCCGCUCACGGUGGCAGUCAGAGAGGUACUCCACAGCCCGAUGGGCCCGCGCAGGACUCGGAUGAAGCCAUCUCGGAACGAAGUACGGAAAUCAGCAGAAGGCUAGCUCUGGCGCUUGCGGCCCAAAAUGACCUCAAGUCGAAGCUUGAGAUGAUGACGACCGAAUACGAACAGGAAAAGCGGGGCAGGGAACUGGCCGAAGAGACAUGUGAAGCGACGAGACGGAGGCUGGCAGAACUCGAAAUGAACAACAAUAAGCUGGAAGCGGAAAGCCUUCGUGCCGAACUUCAUCAGGCGGAAGCCUCCGUCAGGGAGGAGUCCAUGCUCCGUUCUGAGGCCGAGUCCGCUGUGAAACAACUGACUCUGGAUAAGGAGGAAUUAACGCAGAAGCUGGAAGAGUCUACUUCGCGACUCAGGGAUUACGGUAACAACCUUGGCAGCCUUCGGGAAGCGGUGACCGCCUCCUCUGACAAGUCUGCCCUUCUGGAACGACAAUUGGACGAUGAGCGUGAGCGUCGGGAGGGACUGGAGAGAAAGCUUCUCCAGUUGAGGUCGGAACAUGAAGAGCGUACUGCUGAACUUGAAAAUGCCACCCGACGCCUGAAAGAUGUCGAGGAGCUUAUCGAGAUUCACGCGAAAGAAGCAGAGACGCACAAGAACGCGUUUCUGUCGGGUCUUGAUCGCGCCUCCUCUUUCGAUUCGGACACGUCCCUUCGCUCUCUCUCCGAUCAGCGUGUUUCGGUCUUGGAAGCUCAGGUUGAAAGGGCCAAUGAGUUGGCUAAGACCAGCCAAGCGGCUGCGAACGAGGCGGCAGAAAAGCUUCGCCGUGCUGAGGAACGGAUCGCAGGACUGGAGGCAUACCAGGAGCAGGCUAGCAGGGAAGGCUUGCAACUCCGCAGGCAACUCCAAGCCGCCAUGAAAGAAAGUCAAACCCAUGCCGCCGACAACCGGGAGUUGAAGGCGCAGUUGGAGAAUCAUCAUCGCGAGGCGGGUGCGCUCGCCGUGCAACACGCGGCUCUCAAAGAUCUUCUUGGUGAGCGUGGUGUUUCAUACUCUGAUAGCCGUCGCUCGCCUCACCUGGAGUCCCCCGGAUCUCGGUUUGGUACGCCUGAGGCAGGUCGCCUUCGCGAACUAGAACAACAACUCUCCGCUAGCAUGAAAGCUCACGAGGAGCUGAAGUCAUCUUUCGAGUCUCGUGAGCAGGAGGCCGACCGCACGUACAGAGAGAAGCUAGAGCAACUCGAGAACGAUUACCAGUCUGCCGUCCAUUAUGUCAAGGGCACGGAGAAGAUGCUGAAGCGCAUGAAGGACGAACUAGCCAGGUACAAGUCGCAAAAUGCCAAGCUCCAAUCUGAACUGGACGAUGCACAGUCCGCCCUGGCGGAAGCCUCAGCCGGGCCGUCAGAAGCCCCAGCUGAGUGGGAAGCGGAGCGCUCCAGACUCGAGAAAUCGAUCUCAGAUCUACAGCGGGAAUCAUCGGCUUCGAUUGCCACUUUGGAGGAGCAGAUUGCAAGACUCAGAGAUGAACUUGCUGUUCUUGAGGCUGAUAAGGCAAAAUCUCGAUCCGAGCUUGAGCACGUACAACAGGAGCUCACGGCCGCUGCUGAACGGAGUCGCGUGGAGCUAGAGCAGCUCAAGACUGAGAACGCAUUGCUUGAAAACCGGGCAUCCGAUGCUGAGCAGAAGGUCACCAUGCUUCUUGAUCAGGUUGAAGCGUCUGUCGGACAAUUUCGUCGUCAAUCGCAGCCUGUGCAGAUGAAUGGCAUUUCGCGCACCCACAGCAACGCUUCGAGCAAUACCGUCGGUGCAGCAAGCCGUCGGUCAAGAGCUGACAGCACUUUGUCCCAGGAUGAUGCCUUCCCUGACAACCGUAAUUCCAUGGCCCUGGAUUCGUUGGCGAAUGAGCUGGAAGCUCUGCGUAGCCACUGGGAGAGCACGAACCGCAAUUACCGGUUAAGCACGCAGUCCGAAUUCGAUCGAACCCCAACAAAGGAGACGGGAUUGAGUGACAGCCUGGCUGAAUGGAGACGGCGAUUGGAUGAAGAUGAGGCCAGAGCCGGCUCCCCCGAAAAGAUUCAACCCCGAAAUGCUGCAGCACAUCAUGCCACCGCGAACAUGAUCUGA